AUGUGGAUAUUUCUGGUGAUGAUGACAAUUGUUAAUCUCGGAGGUACUAAGCGUGUAAGAAAAGAACCUCGACAAAUUUCAGUCACGUCAUCAGGUGAAGGAAGUGAAGGUGAACUCGAUCCAAAAUUGUGUAUGCUUCGUCGACGUAAACGUGCUAUGGCAUCCGUUGAUGCAACAGGAGGAAGUGGUCCGAGAAAAAAUCCUCAAUCAACAUCAAAUUUGCUUGUUGGUGAAGGAACUGUCUCUAACACAACUGAGCCAGUAGUUUGCCAAAAUACGGAUUCUUUUCCCAAAUCGGGCACUACAGGAGGGAGUGGUUCUAGAGAAAAUACUCAACCGGCUUCAUUAGCCACAGAUGAAGUCGUUCCAAAUCAACCACAGAGGCGGAGGCGAGGCCCUAAUAUUAAUAAAAAGGCUUCACAGAUUUUGGAAAAACAACCUGAUGCUCGAAUUACAUUGACAAGAGAUAUCUAUACAAAGAAAUUCAUUGGGGAUUCAACAAUAUCUUUUGCAACGGAGGUUGGAAUUGUGAUGCAGAGCUUUUGUGAAAUGGAAUUCCAUACAUGGGAGAAAGUAGCAAAAGAAAAUAAAGAAGAAAUGAUUAACAGAUUACGUGAAAAAUUUGAAUUACCGCACGAAGAUAAAGUUCUGAUGGAGUAUGUAGAUGAACAAAUGCGGAGGCAAUGGAAACGCACACGAAAUAUUUUCAAAGAUUAUUGGAAGAAAAAUGGAGGAAUGACAGAUCCACAAUUUGCAAGAUCUAAAAUGAAGCCAGAUUGUCGUAGCGAAGAAGAUUGGGGUUAUUUGUGCGAUUAUUGGGAAUCGAUGAAAGCGAAGCAAUAUGCUGAACAAAUGAAACAUAAUCGGGGAAAACUUGUUAUUCCAAGUAGAGGAGGCUCAAGAUCGAUAGCAAAUCACAAAUUUGCCAUGACAAAUAAAGAGACUCAAAUGCCCCCCAGCCCAAUCGAGUUAUAUCAUAAGUUGCAUUUUGAUCCUAUAAAGAAAUGGAUAAAUGAUGAGUCACGCAUUCAAUACGAAAAUAUUCUCCAACUCAAGGAGGAAGAAUGUGCCAAAUUAGUUUCGGCGGGAACAAGCAUUACUCAAGAAAUGGAAUACGACAUAGAGAAAAAAGUCAUUAAAACUAUUUGUGCCAAACAUAAAACAUUACAAUCUGGAUGGGAGGCUUCAAGUGGACCUGUUAUGAGGAAAAAAGAUAUACAUCUCUUAUCAACCGCAGAAACAUCUCAAUCAGCCUCAAAAGACGAAGAAGAUAUGAAAAGUAAGAUUGUUGCACUUGAGGAGGAGGUUCGAAUAAAUGAACAAAAAGUCAAACAAAGUGAGGAAAUAUGUGAAAAAAUGUUCGAGUUUAUUAUCUCGAAGUUCCCGGAUUCUCAAAACAUAUUAUGUCCACCCGAUGAAGAUGAAGCUCGUGCGUACGAUGACAUAACAGAUCUAUCAGAGCAAGCGUAG